AUGUCUACAUCAGCAGGCCGAGAGGCCGUCUUCCCAACACGACAGGCUUUGGGUCAGAUGAACAGCAAGCUGAAAGGAGCUCAGACCGGUCACAGCCUGCUGAAACGAAAGAGUGAAGCUUUGACUAAACGAUUUCGAGAAAUCCUAAAGCGAAUUGACGAAGCGAAGAGAAAGAUGGGUCGAGUCAUGCAAAUCGCAGCCUUCUCUUUGGCCGAAGUAUCGUAUGCUGUCGGUGGUGAUAUCGGCUACCAGAUCCAAGAAUCAGUCAAGACAGCACGGUUCAGGAUCAAGACGAAACAAGAGAAUGUCUCAGGUGUCUUCCUGCCACAAUUCGAGGGCUACACGAAGGAUGAGAUCAACGACUUUGGCUUGACCGGUUUGGGCAAAGGAGGACAGCAGGUACAAAGAUGCCGAGAUACAUAUACCAGAGCAGUCGAGACGCUGGUUGAACUUGCCAGCUUGCAGACGGCUUUCAUGAUUCUAGACGAGGUCAUCAAGGUCGUCAACCGAAGAGUCAAUGCCAUCGAGCAUGUUAUCAUCCCACGAACAGAAAACACCAUUAAAUAUAUCAACUCCGAGCUCGAUGAAUUGGAUCGUGAAGAGUUCUACAGACUGAAGAAGGUUUCGGGCAAGAAACAGAGGGACGUAGCUGCACAAGACGAGGAACUGAGGAAGAAGAGAGAGAAAGAGACGCAACGCAACGGCGACACGGAAGACAGCGCAGGCGCUCAAGAUGUGCUGGGUGAACACGAGGACGACGACGUUAUCUUUUAG